UUAUAUGUCCCUCGGUACUUUGUGAACGUCCUUAUACUGGCUUUCCAGCCAUUCCCUCUCCCAGGGGCUGUAGCACAUCCUCAAAUCUGUCCCGAGGUUUCUCACGUCUUCUAUGGACUGAACAAAAGCAGAACAAUACCGUGCAAACCCCCUGCUGUCUUAAACAGUUGGCCUUACUUUGAUCUUUUGCUCUGUUUGGGUGUUUGUAAGAAACGCAGUCAAGUUUGCCGUCCAGGCUGCGACGAUCAGCACCACAAACAAGGCGAAGCCCACCUGCAAGAACCGACCUAAUCACAUAGAAAACUAGGACUGCUCUGACUGUGAGAUGAUUGGUUUCUUCCUACCAGCCCAUGUGUUCGGCGUAUGACCAUCAAGCUGGGUGAAAGUUGUUAUGGUAAGCCAUGAUGAUUUUGCCAGCCUUGCCAAAGGAUCUUUAUGUUCGAUCAUCUCUUCUUGGUUCCAUUCGAAGAGACACAUUGAGACCGCAUAGUAGAGGAUGCUGACAGCAAUUAUCGUCCAUGCUUCCCAAGAGAAAGGGGCGAAGGGAAGCCCAAGGGCGUUGACAGCUUUCUUCACUGGUCCCAACACAACUAAGACACGGCCGGCAGGAACCUGCAUAGACAAGAAAGCAAAGGGAGGAAAAUUAUCGACGCGGUCCGAGUGAAGAAGUUCUAUUCGGCUCGUACGUGGGGAGUCAGGAAGCGCACUCGGUCCAUGUAUUGUGAGUCCAAAAAUACAGACUCCAGUGCACAAUCGUAUUGUGGAGUGGUCGGUGGAUUGAGAUGGUAAAGAAUCUGCCUCCAAUAAUCUGGAUCAGUCUGCGAAGAGUUGUUUGGAUCGCUCUCUGGAUCCGCAGCUCUUUCGUUGACGGCGUACAGCUUGAGGUUGGCAUUGGUUUUAAAGGCAAUCCAUUUCAUCAGCCUAACGAAGAGACGCCAUAUAUAUGUGUCAUGCGGAGUAUGGAUAUUACCUGAGGUUGACGCCCGUCAGAAUGUGUGUAACAUCGAUGCGCUCAUCAACAUCCAUCUGGAUAAACUCCCGAAUCUGAUCCUCGACAUCAACGUGAUCUUCCGCGACACCAUGAAAUUUGUUGACCGCAUAGCGCAGCCAAUAUGCCGACCUGGAGUCUCCGCGAAACCACGUGAUAAAACACUUGAUGUCUCGGCCGCGGAGGACAGCACGGGGAUCAUCGACGAGGCCAGUAGUGGAGUUGAGGUCGCCCAGGUAGCUGUCAGCUGGGUCUUCAGAAGGCCAUUCGGUUGAUGUUGGCUCGGGGCUGGUACUCAGCGUGGUGCUGAAGUCAGGCGUGGACGUGCUGAGAUCUGGGCUGUCAGUGCUGCUCGUCUGGGCGGAAGCGGCGCUGAGGAAGGUCAGCAGCAGGAAAUGGAAAGGCAGCAU